AUUUAACGUUAACAUACUUAUUCCAUAUCAUAAUGACGAGUCAUUAGAAUGACUACUUCUUCUUAAAGUAUACCAUAUUACUAAACAUAAUGAUACAUCUGACUCUGAGUUAGUGAGUCAUGGUUGCCCUUUGCCCCUAUUUCGUAUUUGACUCUUUUUUUCUCUCAAGAGUAUUUUUGAUUUUGUACCAUAUUUCAAAUAAUGGGUAAACAGAUCUCUUUAUCUGUGGUGGAUAUAUAAAAGAGCCUUUGAUGGCCCUUCAUUUAUGGGUUUUCUUAUGAAUUAUAGUUAGUUUAUCACAAUCACCAAUGACUAAGAAUAUAGUAUUAUCAAGACCAUUGAGUCUUUCUGAACAUUUUGUUAGAAGUAGAACUGCAAAUCGAUUCUAUAGUAAUUUCCAAGUUACAGGAACUUAUAGUGAAGAUUUAGCUUCACAUCUUGACUGGGUAUACAUGGCAUUAAGGAAAACUCUCCUUGAUUAUCCCCUUCUUAUUUGCAACAUUCAAAAAGAAAACAAUGAUUCCAUUUUUCGUCCUAUUAAGCAAGCAAGUUUGGGAGAUAUCUUACAACUUGAAUCCAAGCUGGGUUAUAUUGAGAAUAAUACUAUUAAUGAAAAGUUUAUGAAAUAUGUGAACACUAUUAAUUUCCAACUUUACCUGGAGGAACCAUUAUUUAGAUUGAUCCUUUUAGGUGAACAUCUAUCAGCUGCUUUUGAACAUACAAUUACUGAUGGGUUGGUAGGACCUUAUUUUCAUGAAAUCUACUUGAAAAAUUUAGCUUAUGUAUCAAAUAAAGAAAAUUUAUUGGAAUAUGAAUCAUUAUAUGGUGAAACCCCUGAUAAAGUGGAUUUAAACACUCAAUUAUUCAAUUAUGAUGAAGAUAAAGAUUUAUUCACCCAUUCCUUGCCACCUCCUUGUGAUCUCUUUAUGGAAGAUCCUUCAUUUGAUUAUUCCAAUGGUGAUCCAUUAUAUCAUGAUAAAGUCUUACCUGAAGGUUAUGAAACAAGAUGGCCAGGUAGAUUCCCUCCCACAAAGGAUCAAACCAUAGCUUGUAAAUUGGUUCACUUUAGUCCAACUGAGACGAAACAAAUAUUAGCUAAAUGUAAAUCUCAUGGAGUAACUAUUACCCCUUUUAUUCAAGUUGUUCAAAUUUUUACUUUACAACCUAUCUUGGGUGAUAAGCAUUAUACUACCCAUAGAAUGGCUAUAACUACGAGAAGACACGUCAAACCAGAACUAGUACCAGACUAUUUUCAAGAUGCUUAUGCUGAAAAGGACUAUAAAUUACUUGGUGGCUAUGCUCAUUUUGGUCUUCGUGAAAAUUAUCCUCCUUUAUUUGAAUUUUCAUGGGACAAGGUUCAAGAGAUCCAUAAAAAUCUUAUCAGAGAUUCUCAAAACCGUGGGAUUUUUAAUAUAUACAAAGAUUUUAGAGACGUAUAUGAUAAGACUGGUGAUAACUUGGAAGUUUUUGAAAAACAAAUGGCAACAAAAGCUGACACUUCCAAAAUAUCGAAUUUAGGAUAUGUCAAUUUCCCCGUUUAUGACUCAAAGUGGACUGUAAAUAAUUUGGUCUUUUCUCAAGACAUGUCACCACCAUCUUCUGAUUUCGUAUUUAAUAUCAUCUCAACACCUUUAGGUGGAUUGAAUAUCGUCUUCGGUUAUCAUGAUCAUACCUUUGAUGACCUGGAAUAUCCAAACUUUGAUUCCUUUGUUGAAAAUUUUAGAGAAAAUCUUCUUAAUUUGUAAGAAGAAUACUUAGACUUAGACUUUUUUUAUAUAUAACCAUAUAUCAUACUAAUAUUGCAACUUACUUGCCCAAUACUUAAUACUUAAUACUUAAUACUUAAUACUUAAUCAUAAAU